GGCGGUUUCUACAAACAAAUUGAAGACGCAAAAUUCGUUUCUUUGGACAAUAGUUUCAAUCUCACAUCAUCUCAAUGGCGAAAAAGAACAAACAGAAACUAUCUCAGGAUCCGAAACCUCUACAAGAACGGGAAGAAGAACACCAGAAGAAGGAUCCGAAACCUGAACAAGAAGAACAAGUGAAGAAGGAAGAAGACGAUGAAGGAGAAGAAGAAGAUAAGAGCUUCCAUGACAUAGGACUCGACCCUCGUCUAAUUCGCGCACUCUUUAAGAAAGGCGUCGAUAAACCAUUCCCAAUCCAACGCGUUGCCAUUCCCCUCAUAUUGCAAGGUAAAGAUGUGGUCGCUCAAGCUAGGACCGGUACCGGAAAGACCUUCGCGUACCUUCUGCCUUUGCUUCAGAAGCUGUUCCCAUCCAAAACCAGGCUGGCUCCAGCGGCUUUCGUGCUCGUCCCCACCCGUGAAUUGUGUCAACAGGUUUAUAAAGAGGCUGUUUCAUUCAUUGAGCUAUGUAGAGUUCAGUUGAAAGUAGUGCAGUUGACGAGUGGCAUGCCUACUUCUGAUUUGAAAGCUGCAUUGGCAGGACCUCCUGACAUUCUGGUUACGACGCCCAAGUGCGUGAGGGAUUGUUUAUCUGCUGGAUUGCUUCAGCCAUCUUCCAUUAAUGACUCACUUGAAAUUCUUGUCCUUGACGAGGCAGAUCUCUUACUUCAAUUUGGCUUUGGAGAUGAUCUUAAAGAACUUACAGCUGUUCUUCCCAAACGCUGUCAAUGCCUUCUUAUGUCAGCUACCUCAGGGACUGAAGUUGAGCAGCUCAAGAAAUUGAUUCUACACAAUCCUUUCAUUUUGACUUUGUCAGAAGUGGAAGAUGCCAAGGAUGAGGUCAUACCAAAAAAUGUUCAACAAUUUUGGAUUCCAUGCAGCACCAGUGACAAGCUACUUUACGUCUUUGCCCUCUUGAAGUUGGAGUUGGUGCUUAAGAAAGUUCUGAUCUUUACUAAUACUAUAGACAUGGGUUUCAGAUUGAAAUUAUUCUUGGAGAAGUUUGGUAUCAAGUCUGCUAUUUUGAAUGCUGAGCUGCCACAAAAUUCUCGUCUCCAUAUCCUUGAGGAAUUCAAUGCUGGGCUUUUUGACUAUUUAAUUGCGACGGAUGACAGCCAGACAAAAGAGAAGGAACAAACCAAUGAAAGCAGUCCUGUGUACUCAAAAAAGUCUAGAAACCAUGCUAAGGCAAAAUUAGACUCUGAGUUUGGUGUGGUUAGGGGGAUUGACUUUAAAAAUGUUCACACGGUUAUAAAUUUUGACAUCCCAUUAGGUGCUUCAGGUUAUGUACAUCGUAUUGGGCGGACUGGAAGAGCAUACCGUGCUGGUGCAGCUGUCUCUAUUGUUUCUCCAGAUGAGAUGGAAAUUUUUGAAGAAAUAAAAUCCUUCUUGGGGGAUGGUGAUGACAAGGAUUCAAAUGUUAUUGCACCAUUUUCAUUGCUGACUAAAGAUGCAGUGGAGUCUUUGCGGUAUCGGGCUGAGGAUGUUGCGAAGAGUGUAACAAAAAUUGCCGUAAGGGAAUCCCGAGCUCAGGACUUGAGAAAUGAAAUUCUCAAUUCUGAAAAGUUGAAGGCCCAUUUUGAAGUAAAUCCACGGGACUUAGAUUUAUUGAAGCACGAUAAGGUUCUGAGUAAGAAGCUUCCUGCACCUCAUCUUCGUGAUGUACCUGAGUACCUACUAGACCAAAAGACACGAGAUGCAAGCAAAAUGGUCAAGCUUGCUAGUGCCGCAAUGGGAAAUGGUAACUCGGCUCAUCGCCAGAAAUCCAAGAAAAAAUUCAGAAAAAGUAGAGAUCCCCUCAAGACAUUCUCUGCCGAGGGACCAAAGGCAGGCGGCAAAGGUAGGAUGAAGAGAGGUGGAAAGGACACCAACGAUAUCCGUAAGCAGAAGAGGCAAAAGUCGGCCUGAUUCAGCUUCUAGCAACCGAUUAUUUAAUCUGGGAAUGUGUUCAUCCCCUGUAUGCUAUAAUGUAUUAAUUCAAGUACUCAACCUUGAUUCUUGUAAAAUGGCUUCAAUUUUGUUCUAAAUCCUCACAACCUUAUAAAAAAAUGAAAAAACU